GCUGCUUACCGUGCGCUAACCUUUGCUUUCACUCAUGAGUUCUCGAACCAGCCCUCACCCAGCCUCCGUGUCUUCCUCGCUGCGGGCGCCUGCAAACAACAUGCAGCUGCAUGUCCUUUAUACUUGUAUGUGGCUACCAAUCUCAAAGACAUAUUUGGCAGCAUGCUUCAGUCCCAGAGACGGCUCACCGUUGUCGAUUCCUUUGCCGUUCGAGAAGUGGUGCACUCUUGCCAUCGCUCAACAGACAGAACGACUGGCUCACCCUCAACGGCCGACAUAAGGAUUGGCAUGAUGCAUGGCAAAAGGACGGGCGGUGUUUCAUGCCCGGGCGCAACUCUCACCCUCGCCUACCACGUCAAUAAUUGGUCGCGAACCGCGGGAGGACUCAAAUGCGCUGCUUGGCAUCCCAUGCAGGGGGCAAGCAGGGACGCCUCCACUCGAGAGUCGAGAUUGAAUCGCCUCUCCGGAUUCAAUCAUGUAGGAUUGAUAGGCAGAGAGUGCGGAGAAGCCGGUCAACCCUGCGGGGCAAACAACGGCCAACUGUGUUGCUUUUGCUCAUCCAGCUCCUCAAACACAUCAGCUUCGCGACCAGCAAUUACUUGUACGAGGAGAGGCAGCGAUGUUCCCAUCUCGUGCCAGUUACUCCGUACCACCACCAGAGCCUUGAAGCGGUCCUGUGCGACAAUGUACUCCGUACUAUCUGCUGAUCGGCUUGCCCAACCAGGAUGGUCCUGAGCCCGAACACGUUCAGACCGAUAUAGUGCGCUAAAGAAAGUCUUCUGCAGAG